UUAUAAUCGAAAAAGAAGAAAAUGGCGUAGUGUGUACAAAAAUUGUUUACUUGAUUUAGAAAAGCUGAUCUACGAAUCACCAUGCAGUCAUGAAUAAAAGAAAACCACAGCCUCUUCAAGGGGUUCAGAACAUAAGAAAGUUUUUAAAAGCAGUUAACCAAGAAGGGAAAGUUAUUCCAUAUAAAGUAAACGAUAAUCUACUGCUCCCUGAAACCUGUGGUAUUUAUACUAAAUAAUCAAACAGUUAAGACUUUAGAGCCAAGAUGAAGAGAUUCGAACUGAAGGAAUUUGCUUAUCGGAAUCAAAUCCAAAUCCCAGAUAAUCAGAGACAUUCUAAUUUUGUGAGUCAAUAUGGUAAUCAACGCAUGCCGAGAUACAACCCACAACUAAAUCCAAAUUUUACUCCAAUGCCUAUGAACCAUCAACAGAAUGUUUGUUUUCAAAGGGGUUUCUAUCCAAAUUCACAACCAUUUCCAAACAGAGAAAUGGAACAAAGACCACAGUUGAAUCAGAAUUCAGUUUAUGGAACGAGAGAUAGAAGUGUCCAUUUUAAGCCAUACUCAGUACAAGAUAGGAAUCAACUACAAGCAUUUCAAAUUGAAAAAAGACACACCUUACAGGAACUGCAACGAUUAGAGUCCCAAGUGGAAAAGCUACAUGUUGUAGAUCAUCCUAGAUCAGAUUCGCAAGUGGAAAGAUUACAUGUUGUUGAUCAACCUAGAUUAGAAUGGGAACAUAGCUUAAGACACAGUUCACCAAUACCUCACAUUCCAACAAGGUUUUCUGCAAGACCAUUUCUCCAAAAGUCCCCACCUAAUCAACUAUCACCACCACAAAUUACACCACCACAAAGCCAACCAAUAUUUAGGCCCAGAACACAGUUUACCCCUCUAAGACGUUUUAAAUGCACUAGUUAUAAGUCAUGGUCAACAAAUACGUUUUCAGCAACAACAAGAACACACUUUAAUAGCUCAAGUUCAACUCCAAAAGCAGUAGAUAAUAAUAAAUCUAAUAACCUGCCUCUUUUGAAUAAGAAUCAAAGACCAGGUGUGGGUGAAAACCUUAAGCUUAUUGCAGAACCACAUAAAAGUCUGAUUGAAAAUUUGUGGAAUAAAGACCAUCCAAAAUGUGUACUUGGUGAUCAGUAUCAGUUUGAGCCCAAGAAUGCUCAGUUCAAACAAUUAUAUGAAGACCAAGAAGAGAAUAACAAAGUGUCAAAUAAAAACCUAGAAGAGCAUGACAAGCUAUUGAAGAAAGAUCAAGAAGAGCAUGACAAAGAAAGAAAGAAAGACCAAGAAGAGAUAGAGAAAGUAUCAAAGAAAAAUGAAGAAGAGCAUAACACACAAUCAAAGACAGAUCAAGAAGAGCAUGACAAACAAUCAAAGAUAGAUCAGGAAAUGAAUGACAAAGAAAGAAAGAAAAACCAAAAACAGUGUGGCAGAAAAUCAAAAGAAGAUAAUGAACAUGUCAAAGAAUCAAAAAAUGCUACAUUACAUGACCAUGAAUCGAAUGAAUAUCCUAAAAUUUACGAUGAAAAAGGAAAAGAUAAAAAUAAGGAAAAACAUCACCCUUUGGCUUUACACACAGAAAAAGAUAAGAUUGAAGAGAAUGGUAGUGGAAAUAUAUUGAGCGGGAUAACUUAUCCAGACAUGUCAGUAAAUGAGCAUUCAGUUAUCAUCAAUAGCAGUUCUUUAGAUACUAGUAGCAAAACAAGUGAAAGAAAGUCAACAAAUACCAAUCAAAACCAUGCAUCGAUAAAUGAACAGUCUAAAGUUUUGAACAUAUUCUCUGGAAAUCCUUUACAGAACGUGAAACAAGCCCCAAGAGAAAAUGUUUCUGAUUCUGCCCAGCAUUCUGUAAUACAUAUUUCAUCUGAUGAUGAAGAAGAUGCAAUUGUGGAAGCUUCAAAAAACACUGUAAAAACCUGUACCAAUAGUUUACUCUCCCCAGAGAAGAAACUGCAGGCAAAAUUACCCCAAAAAGCUCAAGCUGCAAAUAAACAUUCCAAUCUAGUCAAACCUGUUUGCCAAAAAAAUAUAACCCAAAACAAUACAAAUCUCAAUACUGUUGUCAGUACAGUCCCAUUUGUUGUGCAGAAGAAUAACUAUAAAUAUGCAAAUCCGUCUCAUAAAUAUAAAGAAGCUCCCAAAUCAACUAUUGGACAAUUGAUUAAUGAUUUCGAUGAUAUGGAAACACAUGCAAGUUCAGAUGAAGAAUUUCUAUUUCUCAAAGAUAAGAAUUCACCAACAAUUGGCAUGGUAAUAGAUUUGGAGGAAAAUGAUACUAGUUUAGACUCUAGUUCCCCCAAGAAGGAAGAAAAAAACAGUCCUUUCAAUUCGCCCAAGCAGAAUGAAAAAAAGAGUCCUUUCAAGAGUCCUUUAACACAUACUACAUCUCCGAAAUUUAAGUUGAUGGAGACUUCUAGUGGAAAUACCUCCAUGGACAGUACUUCGUCACCCAACAAACAGUCUAUAAACAUAAGCCAUUGUCUUGGUCCCAACAAAAUUUCCUUUCAAAUAAAGGGUAGAAGUGAAUCAAAUAGCUCAAGAGAAAAUGCUUUAGAACCAAAAAUAAUUCCUUCAGUUAUGUCCCGACCAAAUACUACAAAAUCUGAUAGAAGUCAGAGAAGAAAUAACAGUAAGAAUUGUAGUAGUUCCUCAGAUGAAGAACUAUGUAGAGAAACCCUCAUUUCAAGGAAAGUAUCAAAAAGUCAUUCAUCUGAAGAUAAAAGAUCCGAAGUGGUCUGUGAUGAUGCAGGUAGAAGGCUGUUUGAAUCAAAUGAAGAUAUUGAUCUUUAUAUGAGGAAAAAAUGUUCAUUGGACAAGUAUUAUACUAGAUCCAGAAAAAAACAUUAUUCAUACUCAGGCAGGUCCUCAUCAUCUACAGCAAAACGAUCUUAUUAUUCAAGUGAUGAGUCUGAUGCAAGAAGCCACACUUCAAGUGAAACUAGAAGUAUCUCAUCUGAUACUGAAAAGGAUAUGAGUAGAAGUACAUCACCAGAUUAUGGAAAGGAUAGAAUAAUGAGAAGAUCCUCACCUGAUUAUAAGGACGGAAAAAUCACAAAUUCCUCACUUGAUCACGAAAAGGAUAGAAGAAAGAGAAGUGCUCUACCUGUUUACAAAUAUGAAAGAAGAAAGAAAAAUACUUCACCUGAUCACAAGAGGGAUAGAAGAAAGAGAAGAACAUCAUCUGAUUACCAAAAGGUUAGAUGCAAAAGUACCUCACAUGGUUAUGAAAAGGAUAGGAGAAAGAGAAGUACCUCACGUAAUUCUAAAUAUGAUAGAAGUAAGAAUACUACCCCACCUAAUUGUGAAAAGGAUAGAAGAAAGAGAAGUACUACACCUGAUUGUGGAAAGGAUCCAAGAAAGAGAAGUACCUCACCUCGUUAUGAAAAUAAUAGAAAUAGGGGACAAAACAUAUCUGAUUAUGAAAAGAAUAAAAGUAGAAGUACCUCACAUGAUUAUGAAAAGAAUAAAAGAAGAAGUACCUCACAUGAUCAUGAAAAGAAUAAAAGAAGAAGUAUCUCACAUGAUUAUGAAAAGAAUAAAAGAAGAAGUAUCUCACAUGAUUAUGAAAAGAAUAAAAGAAGAAGUAUCUCACAUGAUUAUGAAAAGAAUAAAAGAAGAAGUACCUCACAUGAUUAUGAAAAGAAUAAAAGAAGAAGUACCUCACAUGAUCACGAAAAGAAUAAAAAAAGAAGUACCUCAUGUGAUUAUGGAAGAGAUAGAAGAAGGCAAAGUUCGUCACCAGAUUAUAAAAAGGAUAGAAGACAACAAAGUAGGCCUAGCUCACCGAAUUAUGAAAAGGAUAGAAAAGAGAUAAGUAAUUAUAGACAAAAGUAUAAUUCUACAAAUUAUAAUAAGGAAAGCAGUCCUGAAAAAUCAUCAAGAUACAGAUCUCAUUUUUGUAGGGAAGAUAAACAUGACUACUAUUGUCCUACCAUUUCUUCAGGAAGAGGCCAUGAUUCUCAAAAAAUGGACCAUAUAGAUAAGCGUCAUGUAGAGCUUGAAAAAGAAAAAUCAAGGAGAAGUCCAAUAGAUUAUCUUCUUGGCAAAUGUGAGGGACAAAAGUCCCGAAAAAGUCCUAUAGAUUUCUUCAUUGAUAAAAUCAAUGAAAGCGAAGUUGAAAAACAGCUUUUUUGUCAUAUUGAUCAAAGAAAAAGGAAUGAAAUAGAUACCAAAUUAAAACCAAUCCCAAUUAAAUAUAAUGUUAAAAAUGUCAAGGAUGUAACAUACAGCAGAAAACCAGCUACCAGUGAUCCCAGUACCAGUGACCAUAGCAACUUCGUAGCUAGUUCUUCAAAGAAAGAUGAUUAUGGGAGAAGUCUUUCUGAAAUAGACUAUUAUAGGAGUCCUUACAGAACUGUGAAAAUUUCAAGUACUGCAACAGCUGCACCUAAGAAAUAUGUAAAAGUGAAGAGCAUUGCAACUGCUGAAGAUGACCAAAAACCUACAGAAAUAUCUAGGAACGUGUCUAAUUUUUCUAGUAAAAUAAAAGAUGAUAAGCAAAAAUCUUGCCUAAAAUCUAUUAUUUGUUCAAGUAAAGAAAAAUUAAAUGACAGGAAAAACUCAGAUAAUGUCAAAUCUGAUAGUUUAAAAAAGAAUCCCGGUGGUAAAGCAUUUAGAUCUGUUAUAAUUUCCAAGAUUGAAGAAAACAGAAAAUCUGAAAAGAAUCCUUCUCAUGACAUCUCAUCUCAUGACAAUACACCAAUUGUACAUUCAACUUCAUCUGAAAAUGCUCCUGACAGUAAGAGGUUUGACGAAUAUAGGGAUGGUGAUAAAAGAUCGGUCCCUAAAACCACUUUUAAAAAAUUAAAAGUUCCUAAAAGAACUGUAACCGAUGCCAUCAGUAUGAAAACCGUAACUGAUGCCAUCAGUAUGAAAUUAUGUAAGGUUGCGCUUUCUGAGAAUGAACUGACUCCAUCUCCAAUGAAGAGCAUUGAAAAGAGCAUUGAUGUCAAAAUCCUUUCAGUACCUUGUCAAAAGCCAAUUCAUAACUCUGGGCAAACUGAAACAAGUAAUACAGGAAUCAGUCCCUCUACUAAGUGUACUACUACAACCUUUCCAGCUGACCAGAAAGGGAAAUUUAUGAACUCAUUACCAAAGAAUGAUAAAGGUGAUACUGUAAUUGAAAAAGAACAAAUCGUUAAUGCGCCAAUCAUCACUUCAACUUCAUCUGAAAAGGCUCCUGAAAGUAAGGAGUUUGAAGAAUAUAGGGAUGGUGAUAAAAAAUCAGUGCCUAAAACCACUUUUAAAAAAUUCAAAGUUCCUAAAAGAACUGUAACCGAUGCCAUCAGUAUGAAAACAGUAACUGAUGCCAUCAGUAUGAAAACAGUAACUGAUGCCAUCAGUAUGAAAUUAUGUAAGGUUGCGCUUUCUGAGAAUGAACUGACUCCAUCUCCAAUGAAGAGCAUUGAAAAGAGCAUUGAUGUCAAAAUCCUUUCAGUACCUUGUCAAGAGCCAAUUCAUAACUCUGGACAAACUGAAACAAGUAAUACAGGAAUCAAUCCCUCUACUAAGUGUACUACUACAACCUUUCCAGCUGACCAGAAAGAGAAAUUUGUGAACUCAUUACCAAAGAAUGAUAAAGGGGAUUCUGUAAUUGAAAAAAACCAAAUCGUUAAUGCACAUAUAUCAGACAUUGAUUUGAAGAAGAGUUCAACGACAGUUCAGACCAUUGUUUUGGAAGAAAGUAUAUUAGACAAGGAAGUCGAGUACGUCUCUGCCAAUCCAAUAAGCACUGAUGAUAUUCUCAAAAAAGAAAAUGAAAUUUGUACUUCCAGGCGCGCAUCUAGGGAAGGUAUAAGAAAAUAUGCUACCCUAUUUUGCCAAGAUAUGGAAACUUACAAUAGCAAAAAACUUCUACCAUCUACUACUCCAAAUAAACUAGGUAUAAAUGUUGAAUCCAGAGACUGUUCUUCUGAAGUUGAAAAGACAAUAGCUGUUGAUCCAGAAUUGAUUCUGCAAAGAAGUGCAAAUUUUACUGUAAGAAAAUAUGCAGAAAUUUUUUGCCAAGAUAUGGCAGAAUAUGAUAGCAGAAGAGGUCUAUCUAGUAAUCCUUUUGCACAGAUCAGUAAAGGGGAUGAUAAUAUUGAUAACUCAGAUACUUCAAGCAAAUCAUUACAUAAAACAGGGUCUCCAGAAGAGGAUGAUUGCUCAAAAAGAAAAUCAUCUGAAAUCACUACAGAAGAAAUGAUAAAACCGAUACCUGAGGCAAAAUGUGUGUCACCAGUUUUCAAAGUUCCUUUCAUCAUUCCUCUUCCAUCAGAGAAAACAUUUAAAGGAUUUGAAAAGGAUGAUCAAUCUAUUGAAACAAAUGAUGAUGCAGAUAAUGAUACAAGUAAUAAUCUUCAAAAAGAUUUCCAGAAUUCAAAUACUCUCUAUGUACCAGAUGUUCCAUCAAUUAAGGUAUUUAACUACACUGACAGCCCCCAAUCAGAUGAUGUAUCAGGUGGACCUAAUAUCAUUGCAGACUUAGUUUCAAAAAACAUACUUGACAUUGCUAAAAUUUCGAUUUUCAGCCAUUCACCUGAAAUGGAGGAUUCCCAAUGUGAAAGUGUUGAUAUAAAACAUAAAAAUGACAAUAUAACUGUUCAAAGAAGUCCUACGCAUUCUUCUAAUAAAGCAAACAUAACUGUUCAAAGUGGUCCAAUGCGUUCCCCAAAUAAAGCAUCAAGAUGGAAUCAGGUUUAUAAAAGAAAGAUAAGCAAAAUGAAUAUCAAGAGUAACAGUAGCACAAUUCAGAAAAAUGAUCUUAAUAUAGCGACAGAUGUUAAGAAAGGUUGUCGAUCAAGGAGAUGGGAUGAAGAAAGUAGAACAAGAAGAUGUAAAGAUGAAAGAGGUGGUAAUAAAUAUGAAGAUAACCGUAAGCCAGAAGCAGAUAGAAAUAUUGGAAAUGCAGCAAAUAUUUUCAAAGUCCAUGAAAAAUUGUCGGUUCAUCAGGAUGAUAUUGUGCAGAAUCAAUCAAUGUAUUCAACAUGUACUGUUUCACAAGAAGAUGAAAGUAGAAAACCUAGUCAGAUUGCUGGAAAAAAUUUAGUUUCUGUUGUUGCAAAUGUGAUAAAGGAUUUGACAUGGAAAAAAGGGGAGCAAUCAGCCUUUUCAACAGUUGGACGGAGAAGGUUUAGAGAAGCAAACUCAGAUUCAAUAAAACAAUCAAAUAAAUCCAGUGAUCUAAACCCCCCUAAAACAGAAAUAUUUAACGAUUCAUUGGAAAAAUUGCAUGAUUCUGCCACUAGUGAACUUUGUAACCCAGUCAUUCCUGCACCAGAUAAUGGCAACACAAUCGGUAGUGGCAAAUUAGAAUUAGAAGCAGAUGGAUCGAAGGAAACUGAUCAGGCAAGGUAUGAUAUAGUUAGUUUUAUAAUGAAGGAUGUAAAGUCUCCAUCAAGCAAGAUGGUAGAAUCUUCCGCUAGUGAAAUAUUUGAAGUCAGUGAAACAAACCUGCAAACUCAAUAUGAAUCUGAAAAAAGCUUACAUCCUAUAAAAGAAGUAUCUUUGUCUACAACUGGUGAGUACCUGCAGAACCACCAUCAUGACUCCAUGGCUACAUAUUCUAAAAUAAAUGAAAAUCCUAUACUUUUCAAAGAACAAUGUACUCCUACUGAUACAGCAGCUUUAGAUAAGAACCAAAAGGACAAGACAGAAACACCCAGUGCGAUGGUCGAAAUUGAGUCUACAGAUAAAGAGAGGAAAAAAUGUAAAAGGAAAUUUAAGACUAAAUGUAAGAGAGCUAACGCAGCAUCUAUUAAUGAUACAUCUGAACAUCCAUCAAAAACAGAUGGGAAAGAAGACAAUGAAUAUAAAAGAACAGGAUUGAAACUAAAACUUUCAACAUCAUUUAAGACAAAGUCCAAAAAGUUCACAUUAAAAACACAUAAAAACAUACGGAAGAUAACUUCCAAAAGUUUGACAAGUGUAACAAAGGGACUGUUGCAUAGAUCUCCAUCGGUUUAUUCAUCAAACUGUACCAAUGAAAUGCCAGAUGAUAAAAGGACAGAUGGUUUAGUAUCACAACAAAAGACUGAAGGUUUGGUGGAAGGUGAGAGUUUGGGUACAAUAACUGGAAGAGAGGACAUGGAUAUUAUACCAGAUUUGACUAAAGGUGAACUUAGUGGUGAAGAACCAUCUUAUGAUAAUCCUAAUGAGAUGCCUGUUCUUACAAGAAUAGAUGAUUAUAUCCCUUUGAAACCAAGAGGAACCAAUACCACAGCACAGAAUAAAAGCUUAUCUUCCAGUUUGAAAUCACCCCAGAAGUCAAGCGACUCGGACAAUCUACCUAGGGUAACACCAUUGAAAUAUUUAGCAGGUGGGGACUGUGUGGAUAUGACAAAUGAUAGUCAAACCAGAACCUUGAACCAGUCUGUCUCCCUAGAUGUAACAGAACAAUUCAAAACCCCAGAAAAACUGAGUGAUAAACUAAUCAUAAGACAUUCCAGACUCGAUGAUUUCAAAAGGAAUUUAUGCAAAUCUCCCCGUCUGAAAGCGAAAGCAGACAACAGCCUUGUCAGCCCCAAAAAGAUACAGCCACCUGCAGAAAUAUUUCUAAAUUUUGAGACACCAGUUACACCAGAAAAAUCUGAAGAUUGGUCUAAGAAAAUCUCAGAACAAAUUGUACCAGCAAAAUCUUCUGAUGUUGAUGAUGGGAAUGAGGAUGUUAAUGAUGUUGUAACACCCAUAGCUCAAGAUGGAUAUUAUUCUGAUGAUUCCCUAUGUCUAGGAAUGUCACCAACAAGUAGUUUAGAUCUAGAUAAAUCAGAUGAUGAUGAUUUAGAUCAGGUUCCUGAUAUUGAUACAACUUCUGCUAUUGUAACAGAGAAGUCUAUAGAAAAGAUCAGUAUUAAAGAAUCAAUAGUUUUAGCUGAGAAACUAAGUGUUCCUAUUAAAGACUGGGUAUAUACACCAAAUAGUGAAAAAGAAUAUGAUGUACCAUCAAGUAGUCAAUCUACUAGUAACAGCAAGUCCAUAUUUUCUCUAGAUACUUUACUUGCGGAGAAAGAAAUAGAAGUAAAGAAUAAUGAUUUGUUAAUAAUGCAGAAUGAACUCAAGAAAGAUAUUAUGAGAGGUGGAUUUGUUCAGGUUAUAGAGGAAGAAGCUCAAGCAGAACAGUUAUUGCCUGAACAAGAAAAAGAAUUAGAAAGGCUUCAAGUUUCAGAGAGUGUAAUAUACAAUGUUCAUCCCGGGGAACAAGUGUUUAACUCAAGGCUAUUUCUACAAUUAUUUACUAAAUCAUUAAGUCCUACACAGUGUGGAUUUAUUAAAGGUGAUUCAAUGAUAGAUCAACAUUUAAGUAAUCUACAACCAGAUCUGUUGUGUGAUUUCCUUACUAGUGGUAUAUUAACUAUGUGCUUUCAUAAAAUAUCCUGUCCUGAAGUAAUAUGUAAAUGGCUCUUCUAUAUCAUGUCAAUUCAUAAGAACAGUCUGGUUGUUCAUAGCUGUCAGAGACUAUUGAUGGAUAUUAUCCAGACACAAACAAUACAAGAUUCAGAUAGUUUUUCCUGGUCACCUAAACCACUGGAUAUUCUGAGGAUUUUCAUCAAUUAUGGUGCCGAAGAAACAAAUUUAUUACCUGAUCAAAGUUUUUAUUCUCCUCAGCAAAUCAGGAGUGCCUUACAACCAUGUGUUAACAUCAAUUUAAAUGAGGCAGACAACAAUUCGUUAUACUUGAUUGGUAGAGAUAAUUUACUUGGUUUUUUGGAUACUCUGUCGUUCGCUCUUCAAGGGAGACCUGAACUGGUAACAGAAGAAAUAACAUUUUUUGUUGAGAUUCUAGUCAAAGCUGCCUUAGAUAAGUCAUUAAAUAAUAAUAAGUGUCAUUAUGAGUUUCAAGUAGCAAUAUCCUCAGCUUUAGAAUGCUAUACAAAAACAGCCUGGACUGGAGUGAUUCCUGAUUUAUGUAGAAGACUGACCAAUAUAACAAGACAUCAUCAUAAUCGUGUUUAUCUGGUACAGUUACUUCCCCCUGGUCAUAGAGGACACUGUAUACAACAACGGGUAGCAGCUAUGUUUUUACAAGAAGAAAUGACCGGAAAAGUUAUGAAAGUGUGUCCAGAAAACAUUAAUAUAAAGAGUUUAUUUCAGUAUAUAGAUUGUAUGAAAGAUAUGAUCAAGAAUGUUGAAUUAUAUAAACUAAAUAGUUGUAUUAUGUUGAUGGAUUUGGUAGUUGGUUGUGAAAAACUUCCUUCAGAACAGAAGAAAUACUUACUAAAGCUUAGUGAAUUGAUUAAUUUAUUAAAAGGUGAAUUAAGAGACAGUGUUCAAAACCUGGAUAAAACUAGGGUAAAAGAUUUGAUGGUGAGAAUUAGUAGUAAAUGGACUCUUAUGAUACAGACCAUGGGUUCAAUGCAGAAAAGUUUAUUUCCCUGGGCAAGACAAAAAUCUCCACAGAAGAUGCGAGUUGAAACACUGGAAACUCAGUCAGACCAAGAGUCUGAGGGUAGUGAUAGUGAAAAACCUAGUGGUUCUAUUGGUAUUCAAGAUAAUGUACAAGUUAAAGACAAUGUAGUGAGAGAUGGAAGUACUAAUGAUGAUGAUGAUGAUGAUGAUGAUGAAGAAGACAAUGUUAAUAAUUCUAGUGUCGUCAUGUUAAAUACUAACUUGUCUCAAGAUGGCAAUAGUGACAAAAUAUUGUCGUUAAAAACAGACAGACAAAAUCCCAAUAACAAGGAUGAUUAUUGGGACAUGGAAAUUUUAAACUCUGAUGACGAUAGUCUGCCAGAGUUGUGAAUGUGUCCUGAAAGUGUGAAUGUGCUCUUAAUACUUUAAAAGUGUUAUAGUGUAAGUGCUUUAGAUAUUUAGUAAGACACAGUUCUAAAAGAACUCAAAAGUGUGCUGAAAAAUACAGUAAAAUAACCAUUGUUUUUGUUAUAUUAUAUAUCAUAUCUUUAUUUUAAAAAAGUGCCAUGUUAGUGUUCUUAAUACAUAACUGGAAUCGACAUUGGGAAUUUUAUAACUGAAUAUAAUUGGUAUUGAUAUGUGGUUGAUUUAUUGACUGAUUAAGAUUAAGCAGCAAAACUAUAUAUGAACUCUGCCUUGUAAUUUGUUGGGUGGGUUUAUAAAAAAAAAGGUUUUCAACCAGAUAUGAUAAUAAUAAAUAUCUAAUUGGGAUUAAGACAUUUUUUCUAUGGGAUAUAUGUAAUUGGGAUCAUGAAAUUUUACUAUAUCAUUUUUUGUGGGUAUAUUAUUCUAUGAUUAGCUUGUAAUGUUCUAUAAUUUCCAUUUUAUUAAUUCUUUGACUUUUUGGUCAUUUUAAAUUAAACUUUAAAUUUGAUAAGCUCAGCAAUUAUUCUGUGUCUCAAACUUCUCAGUUUGAAUAUCACAAACCAUGGGUGCUUUAAAUCAUAAUCUUAGGAAUAUUUUAUAUUCAUUAAAUACUGAAACUAGUGUACAUUCCAUCAUGUUUAACUCGUCCUCGGUAUCCCCAGUGUACUUAUUCCGUUCUACUCCACUAACCCCUGGGUUAAUCCAUAGGGUUUCCAUGAUUUGAAAUUAUCUGCCCUGGCCUUGAUUGUAGAUAAAGUCUACGAACCAAUCAAAAAACAGUUUACAAACCUGUCGUUUCGACUUCGUUUUUAUAAGGGUAGAUGAUCAUAUUCAUGUCCAUUAAUCAUUUAUGUAAAUAAUGUAUAUAUUUCUAAUUGAUUUAUAUUUAAUUGCAUUAUCAAAAUCUGUAGUACGUUUCGCUGAUUUCAAAUAUCUAUAACAUCUAUAUGUUUGACUUUUGCUAUUAUUAUUACUAUUCAUUCUUUGCCUGAAAUGUUUCAUGUUUAUUAUUGUUGAUACUUGGCAAUUUGAUUCUCAAUUAACUCUUAAAAAAUUAAUAUACUAUAUAAUAAUUGGAAUUUGUUGUUAAUAAAUAUGCAUUCUCUCAUUUAGGCUACCUUCUGGCUAAUUCCUAACCUUGUCUCUUGAAGGGGGGGAGCCUUUGCAUUUUGCUUACUUUACCUAAUGAGAGUUUCUUCCCUUUGCCAACUUUCUUUGCAAUUAACGAUUUAUGGGAUUGGUCGAUAAAAAUAGCACAAUCAUCAAGGGCAGAUAACUUGAAAACAUGUCCUACCCAUAGAUUAACUCAGGGGUUAGUGGCGUAGAACGGAAUGAGACUACUGGUGAUACUGAGGAUAUGUUUAACUGUGCGUGUAUAAAUAUGGCAUUAAUAUCCAAAUGUAUAUUUUGUGUGUUUUCUAUGUCUUUCAUCUUUAUAUCAAGUAUUUUAAGACUUGUCACUUUGUUGAUUCAUACAAUUCCAUGAAAAUAUAACUAAUAAUUGGUCUUAUGUAAUAAAUAAUAUUUUGGUAACAGAA